GCUGGCAGUCUUAGGUUUCUGCUUAUUCUGCUGCUGUGAGGACGGCGGGCGGCCGCGGCUAAGGAAAGAGAAAGACGUGGCAGCACGCGGGAACCGGAGACAGUGUCAUCGGUUCGGUAAAGUUUCUGUUCUCUGGUGAAGAAAUCUUGAAGACCUGAAAUUGGAUCUUAUUGAAUUUUGGUGGUGUUUUUUGCUUUUGCUUUUUGUUUUUUCGUUUUUUAAUUUUUUUCAUCUUUUUAUUUUUUAAUUGUAUUGCUCAGCUAUGGAAGAUGGAUUCUUUUUUAUUAUUAUUAUUCUUUGACUCUCAAGUUCAUCUUUAAAUGAACAUUUUGUUUUUGAGGAGAUAACUAAUGCUAGCUGUCUCCAGUCUGACAGAGGUUAUGCAAAUGGACUUGAUCUUCCAGGAGUUGGGAGAUGUUUUAAAGAUGUUUUAAAAACACGUCCUGUGUUUCAAUUGUGGCUGAGAGGUUUCCUUGGCAAUGUGAGGAAGAAAAUUCUUUCUACCUCAUUAUUAUUAAUUCAUGGAUUGAGUGUUGGUUCGACCUACAGGCGUAAUAGCUUGGAACUCAGUGAAGACACAGAUGUUCCUGUUGAGAGCAACCAGCUAAUGAUUACGUUUUAAAGAAGAUUUCUGUGGUUGAGUUGUCAUUGGAAGAGUAAGUUCAUUUCAAGAGCAGUUGGAGCUGGUCUUCACCUUGAGGAAGCAGUGGCUUAUUCCAAAAAGCCACUUCUGGCCUGAGAAUUUACCCAGCAUGCCUAAUCAGGGAGAAGACUGCUAUUUUUAUUUUUAUUCUACAUGCACCAAAGGUGACAGCUGCCCAUUUCGUCACUGUGAAGCUGCACUUGGAAAUGAAACUGUUUGCACACUAUGGCAAGAAGGUCGUUGUUUUCGACAGGUGUGCAGAUUUCGCCACAUGGAAAUUGAUAAAAAACGAAGUGAAAUUCCUUGUUACUGGGAAAAUCAACCAAUGGGAUGUCAAAAACUAAACUGCGCCUUCCAUCACAACAGAGGUCGUUAUGUUGAUGGACUGUUCCUACCUCCAAGCAAAACUGUGUUACCCACUGUGCCUGAGUUGCAAGAAGAAGAAGUAAAGGCUAGCCAGCUGACAGUUCAGCAGAACAAACUGUCGGUCCAAUCUAACCCCUCCCCUCAGCUACGCAGUGUAAUGAAAGUUGAAAGUUCAGAAAACGUCCCUAGCCCCACACAUCCACCCGUUGUAAUCAAUGCUGCAGAUGAUGAUGAAGAUGAUGAUGAUCAGUUUUCUGAGGAGGGUGAUGAAAGCAAAACACCUGCCCUGCAGCCAGCUCCUGACGCUCAUAAUGGAUUGCGAGUGGCUUCUGCCCGCAAACCUGGAGUCAGUUUCAAGCAAGGUGAAUGUUUGAACUUUGGAAUAAAAACUCUUGAGGAAAUUAAGUCAAAGAAAAUGAAGGAAAAAUCCAAGAAACAAGGUGAAGGCUCCUCGGGAGUUUCCAGCACCUUACAUCAGCCUCAGCCCAAUCCGGGCCCUGAAAAGGAGAAUGUCCGGACUGUGGUGAGGACAGUAACUCUAUCAAGCAAACAAGAAGAGCCCUUGGUUAGACUAAGUCUUACUGAGAGACUGGGGAAACGAAAAUUUUCAGUGGGUGGUGACAGUGAACCCUCAUUAAAGCGAAGCCUUGCACAGAGGCUGGGGAAAAAGGUGGAAGCUCCAGAAACUAAUAUUGAUAAAACACCAAAGAAAGAGAGAGUUAAUAAAGCUGGUGAAAUCCACGUGAAGACAUUAGAAGAAAUUCUUCUUGAAAGAGCCAGUCAGAAACGUGGAGAAUUGCAAACUAAAAUGAAAACCGAAGAACCUGCACGGGCUGAUGAUUCUCCAUCAGGAGCAAAAAGCUCUUCUGCCGUGCGGAUCAAAACUUUCUCUGAGGUCCUGGCUGAAAAGAAACAUCGGCAGCAGGAAAUGGAGAGGCAGAAAUCCAAAAAGGAUACAAGCUGCCCCAAGUUGACAACAGAUACUGAAGUGAAAAAGACAGUGACUCUGCCACCUGUUGCAGUCAGCAAAGGACAGCCAGAGGAGCCCGCAGGAAGAGCCAGGUCUAUGCAGGAGGUGCAUAUUAAGACACUGGAGGAAAUUAAACUGGAGAAGGCCCUGAGGGUACAGCGGAACUCUGAGAGCAGUGCCAUCUCCCGGCCUCAAGCUGAGACUGUCCCAGGGGCAAAGAGACUGCUCCGUAUUGCCAAAAGAGCAGGUGCAAAAGAGGAGAAAAAACUCGAACUCGAAGACAGUGACAUUGCUUCUCAGAGCAGUGUUCCUAAGCCAGAGGCUAGUGAGAGUUCAGAUGAGGCCAUAACUGAUCCCACAAAAAUUCCAGUCAGUAGAUGUGACAUUGUCAGAGAGAAACACACUGAGAAGCAGCAGGAGACCGAAGCCUCACAGAAAGAGAAGCCAGCUGUGACUCCUGUCCAGGGAGACGGGGCCUCUCACUAUACCCGAGUGGUGGGGAAACCAGUGCUCACUGCUGUGUCAGGCAUCACACGGCACUUGGCUAAGCGGCUCCCCACGGAGUCAUCCCAAAAAGGGGAGGUAGAAACCUCUGGAAUCGGGGACUCAAUACUGAAUGUGAAAUGUGCAACACAGACUUUGGAAAAAAGGAGUAAAGCCAAACCCAAAGUAAAUGUGAAGCCAUCUGUGGUCAAGGUUGUUUCAUCUCCUAAAGUGGCUCCAAAACGGAAGGCAGUGGAGGUACACCCUGCUGUCAUUGCGGCUGUGAAGCCACUUAGCGCCAGCAGUGUCCUGCAGGAAAGCCCCACCAAGAAAGCAGCUGUGGCUGUGGUCCCACUUCUCUCCGAGGAUAAAUCCAUCGCCACGUCUGAGACAGAAAACCCUAAGGACAGUUUUGUGCUGCCUUCAACCCAGUCUUCUUCAGAACCUUUGCUCCCAGAAGGGUCUGGUCCUUCCUCGUCCCAGGUGGCAACCAAACCUCGCCGACUGAGCUCUGCCUCAACAGGAAAGCCUCCACUCUCUGUGGAAGAUGAUUUUGAGAAACUAAUAUGGGAAAUUUCAGGAGGCAAAUUAGAAGCUGAGAUCGACUUGGAUCCUGGGAAAGAUGAAGAUGACCUUCUGCUUGAGCUCUCAGAGAUGAUUGACAGCUGAAGGUGAAAGAAAUGGUGAGGACGCUUUCAAGGAAAAAAAAACUCACCAAAAACUGGACUUAUUUUCAUCUGUUCUAACAUUUACCUGAGGUGAUAAUUUCUUUAGUCUCAAAUUUUGCCCAAAUCAAAAGUAUACCUCUGAAGUACCUGUAUGUGUCCUGGAUUCCCUUGGGGUCAGAUCUUUUACAUCCCUUGAUAACUGUUUUGUCCAUUUGAUGCCAUUACUUAGCAUCUGUGAGAAGAACGUUCUGUAAUGCCCUUCUCUCAACCUGAGACUGAGCUCCAAAUGAAAUGGUGCAAGAGAACUAACUCAGUGGCUCCUUGAGGUGUUUGUCAGUGGGCUAUCUUCCCCUUUGCUGUAUUUAUUUAUGUACUGUCUUAAUAUUAUCAGAGUUUAAAAUGAAGAGAGCUGCUAACCAUUGUGGACCAAAUGUCAUGCUACCACUAAACAAAAAACCCACUCCGUCUGUGUUAAAUUGUAUGUCUUUUUAAAGGUAUUUGGAGAUUCAUCUAAGCUUUAAAGAGGGCCGAGCGGCUCGAGAACCUGAGAUACGGACAUAACUCUGGACCUGGUCCUGUUGCAUUAGCUGCUCCGUAAGCCUCUGAAGAGCAAUAGCUAAUUUAUUAUUACUGUAAUUUUUUAAAGGCUUUAAAGUGCCUCAGGGGUCCCCUGAAACUAAUUUUCUACUUCUGGGACUCCCUGGAUUCUUUAUAAGAGGUGGCGACAUGACUAGGGAAAUCUUUUUUUAGUAUGAAAACUGUCCCUUUCCUUCAAUACCUUUCUCCUUCUGGCAUCGAAUUAUCACAGAGACAGCAAAUUGGUAAAUUUCAUAAUUUCUAACUCUCCCAGAAAACUCCUCUUGCCUAGUAUUUAUUUGAUGUGCUUUAACCAUGGGAAGAGGAGGGGGAAAAAAAAACAAACUCAUUCAAGCUGCCAGUAUUGAUCUACAGACUGUAGCAGUACACAGUACACCGGGCUGUGCUGUUGCAGGGAUGGCGAGAUGCUCUGGGGUGUAUUGGAUACCUCCAGUUUCUUCAUUUCUGGAUUGAGUUUUCUUUUCUCGAUGUUGGUCUUCAUAUCACCUCAAGGUUUAGACUUGUGAAGAAACAAGUCUCAUGAGGGUAAUAGUCUUGAAAUGAGACACUGUACAGAAUUGGAAGGCGGAAAGAAAGACUUGUUCAUUGUGAUACUUUCUGUAGGUGGCCAGUUUGUUUCUCAUAGGGAAAUCCUGGAUCACCUGUCAUGUUGGCUCCUAAGGAACUGCUGUUGUAAGCGGCUCAUCAAGAGUUGAAGUUCAUGUAGCCUUGUUGGGAAUAUGGAAAAGGAAGAAAGCCACAGGACUGCCCAUUCAGUCUGGGAAGAUCUGGAUGAUUCUGCACAUGCAAAAAUGACUUGAAAUUUAUGUAUGGACACUUGUACCAAUCCAUCUUCAGCUGACUGACUGAAUGUUGUAAGAUAGCCCUUCUCCAAAGCAGGGGUGGAAUGUUCUGCUUUCACCACGCAUUUUAUAAACACGUUUCCUUUUUUGAAUUGACAUAUAGAUUGUAGGUCUCUUUUGUAUAUAACCUCUAUUCUUUUGCUUUAAAAAAAAGUCUGUUCAUAUUUAAUGCCCUGUAUUAGUCAAUGAUUUGUGUUCAACAUUAUUUGAACCAUUUGCCAUUACUGAAAGAGAAAUACUUAUUUGUGUUUUAAAUAAAACUGAUAUAGGAAA